UUCACAUCUUAAUUCCAGAUAAACCGCCACCAUGAUCACCGAUAUCCAACUGGCCGUGUUCUCGAACAUUCUGGGAGUCUCAAUUUUCUUAUUGGUCAUCCUCUACCACUACAUCAAUGCUAACAGCUCCAAAUAGAUGUAGGCGUGGCAGCCCCUUCCAACAUAAUUUACUAAUAAUGUUAAUACAUAA